CAGUGCCAGCUGGUGACAGAGGCUCCACUGACACACAACAGCAGCAGCAGCAGCCGCGAGACACGCAGGAAGAAAAGUAACACACUCCAACUGUCUUCGACAUGCCUCAGUAUUCAGACCUGGAGACGGCCAUUAACACACUGGUCACCCAGUUCCACUCUGCUUCAGCUGACAAUGGUCCAACGCUGAAGACUGAUGAAUUCAAAGGCCUUCUGUCCUCCCAGAUGCCUAACCUGGUCAAGGGGAUCGGAACAGACCAGGGGCUGGGUGAGAUCAUGAGGAAGAUGGGUGUUGGCGACGGGGAGGGCAUCUCUUUCAAGCAUUUCUGGAACCUGAUCCAGUCAGUAGCCACCUCGCAGCACAGCCUCCUCAGCAGCAACAAGGGCUCCUCAUGCAACUGCAUCCUCCUGUGAAGAGGAGGCUCUCGGCCCAACACAUCAGCGAGCUCUGAGUUUCCACCCAAACAGGGUGAAAGUAUGUACAUCACUCUCCUAUCCAGGUGUCAGACAGAAUACAAAGGUGCACACAGCAAGCUGUUCCCCACAUUUAAGACUGAAACAUUACAGGUGUAAACGCUGCCGUCUCAUCUGCCUGUGUCCUGUCCAGCAUCCUCUGCACCAGUUAAACUUCAGGCCAGUUUGCAUCUCUCACAUUGUCCAGGUCGACACACAGUUUGAAAACUCCAUUUAGAACCAGCUCACAAUAAAAAUAUUCAAACAUCUGUUGGUAGCAUCUACUGAUCAUGAAUGAAGUUAUUUUAUAAGUUCCUGUCCCUGGACCGGACGGUCUGUGGCCGGCAUGUUAUUACCCACGCUAAGCUAAGGUUAGCUGUCCGUUCUGCUGUUAGUUAGAAACACCCUGAUUUUGGUCUGUCACCCUCAGCUCCUCAAACGUCCUCCCCGACGUACAGUGAGGUUUCAACCCUCAGCUGUGAGCUGGGAGGAGGUACGAGGAGGGGAGGUGCUAUCAACAAAAUCAGGAGGGGGGGGGGCAGCAAGUCUCUGUGACGCAGCCAAACAAAGACACAGCUUCAGCAUCAAACUGACACGACUUCACACUCUGAAGGCUCCAGGUCUCACGGCGUCAGUCUGUUUGUCUGAGGCCUGAAUUUAACUGGUGCUGAAGGUCGCUGGACGUUUUUCACAGUCAGAGUCAUUCACACAGUCACUCUCCAUUAUUUGCUCUGAUGUGGUCUCAUAUUUGUUCAUCUCAUUUAGUUUAGUUUGCGUCAGCGGGAUAAACGACCCGCUGUCGCUCGAAGCUUCACAGGACGUGAUGCGAUACAACAUCAGUCACUGGUUUAGAAAGAGCAGGCUGCCAGGGCGUCCAUGUCUUCCUCACAGAGGUCAUCUCACUAGUUAACCACUUCAAUGCAAAGCCUAUCGUUUAUAUACAGUAAUAGCGUGUAUGUGCUCUGAUGAUACAAAGUGAUGUGCCUUCAACAAAACAACUGCAGCUCGAACAUGAACGAUUUCUUCUCUCAUCGGUGCAGAACUGACCGCAGGAUAAAUUCUCUGUACGACAGUUUACACAGUAACUUCCACUAAAAAAACCUCGUCUGAAUAUUCACCUAUAUGAUACUAAUCAUCUCCUUUUGACUUCACGUGCAUCAGUAACAAAACACACAAUUAUAGUUUGGAUUUUUCUAAAUGUUUAAUCAGUUUCUUCUGGAGACAGAAACAUCCGUGUGCUUUAUAGCCCCUUUAUAUGUUUGUACUAGUGAUGCUUCAUCCUCAGUGAUUCUGCAUUUUCUAUGUAUUUAUAUUUUGUAAUUCUCUGUAUUCUGACCUUUGUGACACCAUAAGAAAAAUGAUGUAAUAAACAUAAAAAAAAAAAUCACCAACA